CCACACAACAACAGCUGGGAGGAAACUAAUAUUUUAUGUAGAUCUAGAGAGAGACAGCGAGAGAGAGUUGUGAGGACGAAAUCAUAGAGGAACAAGGCAAAGGGGGUACAUUGACAAGAGAGAGGGGUAUAUAUCCAAUCCAUAUAUAUGCACCAAACAACAGAGCAAAAUCAUUUUAGCAACACUCCUGCUUGGGUCUUCUUCUCGAUCUCUGCUGGAUGCUCCCGAGUUCAGAUAUGCUAGCUGCAGAGAGGCAUCAUCAUAUAUAGCAUCAGAGAUUUGAGGAGUAGCUUUUCUCUUCCAUCUGCAGAUCUAUAUCGACAUAUAUCAUAUAUGGAGGACUCAAGCACCUUCCUCCAGUGGGCAAUGGACCAGCUGCACCAUCAGCACCCCUCUGCCGCCGCCGCUUCUGCAUACCACGACGGCGCCGGAGAUGGGGAAGUUAUCUUCCCGUCGCUCCAUGCGCUCCGCAGCGGAGCCGGCCAGACCCACUCCCAGUCCCAGCCCGUGGCCGCCAGCGUCCGAGUCCGCGACCUGACAGUGCAGGUGGACCACUUGACCAACAGCUCUAGCUCCGGCGACAGCCCGGGCGCAGGCGGCGCUGCCAUGGACCACGACGCGGCCGCCGGGUGGUCCCCCCACACCGCCCGCUCCAGGACUACCGGCCUUGGCGGCGGCGGCGGCGGCAACAGCUGGCCCGUGAGCUGGAACUUCAGCGCCGUGUCGGCGGAGCCAGCACGCGAGAGCGGUGGGGGCGUCGUCGCGCUGCCAGACGCCGCGGUGCCCGCGAGGGUGGCGCAACUCGCAUCUGCGGGGAGGAGAGGGAGCAGCAGCGCGGCACCCCCUGCUGCUACGGCGCCGGCAUCAUCGUCGCCGGGGCCUGUGCAGGACCACAUCAUCGCGGAGCGGCGGCGGAGGGAGAAGAUCAACCAGCGGUUCAUCGAGCUCUCCACCGUCAUCCCCGGGCUCAAGAAGAUGGACAAGGCAACCAUUCUUGGGGACGCGGCGAAGUACGUGAGGGAGCUGCAGGAGAAGGUCAAGACCCUCGAGGAGGACAGCUCCCACAGCGCCGGCAGCGGCAGCAUCCAGUCGGCGGUGCUCGUGAAGAAGCCGUGCCACCUCCGCGACGACGAGGCCAUGGCGAUCAGCAAUAAAGGUGGCGGCUCCGGCGGUGUACAGCCGCCGGAGAUCGAGGCACGGCUGUCGGAGAGGAGCGUGCUGCUGCGGAUCCACUGCUACAACGCGAGGGGGCUGCUGGUGAGGGUGAUAUCGGAGGUGGAGCAGAUGCACCUCUCCAUCACCCACACGAACGUCAUGCCCUUCCCCGCCUCCACCGCCAUCAUCACCAUCACAGCCAAGGUGGAGGAGGGGUUCACGGCCACAGUAGAUGAGAUCGUAAGAAGUAUUAACUCCGUGCUGCACCAACAUUACAGCAGCAGUUCUGAAGAAAAAGAGGAUAGAAGAGUAGACCACUGCUAGCUAGCCCUAGCUUAUUUUGGUGAGGGAAAACGCUUAGAAGAGGGUCAUGCGUUUCUCCAUCCUUGUGGUGAAGGACAUCUAAUAAUUGUUGAGCACGCAAGACUCUCUCAUCUGGUGAUAAUAUAAACAACUGAUGGAGAUGAUCAGAUAUAAACUCAUGGUAAGAGAUCACAUUCAUCACGGUGGCAUGCAUCAGCUUGUUUGAUCAAUGACGAGGAUUUCUCAACCACAAGUUGCAAAGUUUCGGUCGAGUCGUACUUGCAUGCAGUUGCUCAAUCAAAAUCACUGAUGAGAGAAUCAAAAUGACCUUUUGCUUCAUAUGUCCAAUGAGACACAUGUUGUUUUCCCAAAAAAAAAAAA